CCAAAUAACAUAUGAUGUUUUCGACAUUAUUAUAUAUAUAGUUUUUGUCUAAAGUUCAUAAUAACUGAAGUAUUUCGGAGAUGUCCAGGCUACUGUUUUCGGCGCGAAGAUUAUUGCCACAGCAAGACUUUUUGCUUGCCGGCUCAUGCAUUUCAACGCAAUCGCGAAGCAAGGCCUCAACUCCAAUGAACACAAUAGUCAUGUUUGUGCCACAACAAGAGGCCUGGGUUGUAGAGAGAAUGGGAAGAUUUCAUAGAAUUCUUGAUCCCGGGCUUAACAUUCUGGUGCCCGUCGCUGAUAAAAUUAAGUAUGUGCAGAGCUUAAAGGAAAUUGCGAUAGAUGUUCCCAAACAGAGCGCCAUCACUUCCGAUAACGUAACGCUCAGCAUCGAUGGCGUUCUUUACUUGCGCAUUAUUGAUCCCUAUAGAGCUUCCUAUGGCGUUGAGGAUCCAGAAUUCGCAAUAACUCAAUUGGCGCAAACGACGAUGCGAUCGGAGCUUGGCAAAAUGUCAUUGGACAAGGUGUUUCGCGAAAGAGAAUCCUUGAACGUAAGCAUUGUGGAUUCCAUAAAUAAAGCCAGUGAAGCUUGGGGCAUCGCCUGUCUGCGUUAUGAAAUACGUGACAUUCGCCUACCAACUAGAGUUCAUGAGGCGAUGCAAAUGCAAGUGGAAGCGGAGAGAAGAAAAAGAGCAGCAAUUUUAGAGUCCGAGGGAGUCCGUGAAGCUGAAAUCAAUAUUGCAGAGGGUAAACGAAAGUCAAGGAUUCUAGCCUCUGAGGCCGAACGUCAGGAGCACAUUAACAAGGCUAGCGGCGAAGCAGCUGCUAUGAUCGCCGUGGCAGACGCUAGAGCUCGUAGUCUUCAAGCUAUAGCAAAAUCUCUGGCGAAUACGGACGGUCAAAGUGCUGCCUCUUUAACUUUGGCUGAACAGUACAUCGAAGCUUUUAAGAAAUUGGCAAAAACGAAUAACACAAUGAUAUUGCCAUCGAAUCCUGGAGACGUUACCGGAUUUGUUGCACAAGCGAUGGCUGUCUACAAUCAUGUCUCUAAACCGAAUAACAAUUCGCUUUCACCAGUCAUUAAUGAGUGCGUCAAUACGAAAACUGAGUACAAAUCGCUUAAUGAAGAAAAAGCGGCUGUAAAAAUUAAUAUUGAAUAAAACCAAGUUAUUACAAAUAACUUAAAAUUUAGACUUAAGUGAAUUAGUAUAGG